AGCACACAAAGGAAGGGAUCAGAGCCCUCUGUCUUCAUUGACUUAAGCCAUUCCCUUGCUGUCCUGCUAUCCUUCUGAUGCAAAUAACAACAGCGCCCAUACUGCAUGCUUCCAGGGAGUUCAUUCUCUACGUGUCCUGAUUGUAUGCCGGCUGCCCCCGCAUCACUUCCAGGAGAAAGAUAUCACUUGUCAUGAUUUAUGAAUGAACGUGCCCGCCUGACUGCUGCAGAGAGGACGGGACACUACGGUGUGGCUGAGACAACAGCAGCAGCAGGAUCACUCAGUGUGUGUUUGGAGCAGGGAGAGCAUUGGGAUAGUGGGCUGGGCUUGUCUCUGCUCCCAGCUCACUACUGCAGCAGCCGGCUGUGUAAUACCAGAGGCAGAAGCAGCAGUAGCACCUGGAGACUUCUGCAUGACUAUUGCAAAGAUGUCAUGGCAGUCUCAGUAUCGAACCUCAAAGUAUCGUCAUGUUUUUGGUAAGCCUGCAAACAAGGAGAACUGCUAUGACAAUGUGCCUAUUACAAGAAGCGUACAUGACAACCAUUUUUGUGCCGUAAAUCCUACUUUGAUUGCUGUGGUGACAGAGUGUGCUGGUGGUGGAGUGUUCAUCGUUAUACCCAUACAACAGUCAGGAAAACUCGAUCCUCAUUAUCCUAAAGUUUGCGGUCACAAAGGAAAUGUGUUGGACAUCAAGUGGAACCCCUUUGAUGACUACGUAAUCGCUUCCUGUUCAGAGGAUGCAUCUGUAAAAAUUUGGGAUAUUCCAAAACCUUGCUUAUCCAAGAACAUAACGAAUGCCAGGAAGGAGCUUUUGGGUCACUCUAGAAGAGUUGGCCUCAUCGAAUGGCAUCCCACAGCUAGCAAUAUUAUCUUUAGCACUGCCUAUGAUUACAAGAUCCUGAUAUGGAAUCUUGACAAUGACGACCCAGUAAUAUACAGUCCUGUCAGGACGAUAGAGUGUCAUAAAGAUGUCAUUCUCUCUCUAUCAUUCAAUAUGGAUGGAAGCCUUUUAGCUACUUCUUGCAAAGAUAGAAAAGUUAGAGUAAUUGAUCCCCAUAAAGGACGUGUUAUACAGGAGUCAGAUGGCAAGUCUCACAAAGCCAGCAAAGUUUUGUUUCUGGGAAACACGAAAAGACUCAUUUCAACUGGGACAUCCCACUGGAAUAACAGACAAGUUGUCCUUUUGGAUCAAGAUGACCUAUCUGUGCCUUUACAUGAGGAGGAUUUGGAUGGCUCCUCGGGUCUAUUCUUCCCCUUUUUUGACAGUGAUACAAAUGUGCUAUAUUUAGUGGGAAAGGGAGAGGGUAAUAUUCGAUACUAUGAAGUCAAUUCUCAGAAGCCUUAUUUACAAUACUUGAAUGAAUAUCGAUCCCUCUUACCUCAAAAAGGAAUUGGUGUUUUGCCAAAGAGGGGUCUUGAUGUAUCUUCGUGUGAAGUGUUUAGGUUCUACAGACUGAUCACUGUUAAAGGAAUUAUCGAGCCUGUUUCAAUGAUUGUGCCUAGAAGGUCGGAAUCGUACCAGGAGGACAUUUAUCCAAUGACAGCUGGAACACAGCCAGCUCUCACUGCACGUGAAUGGCUGAAUGGAAUAAAUAGAGGUCCUCUUUUGGUAUCUCUAAAACCUGGAUCAAAACCUUCCCUCUCUCAGAUAACUCUUCCUGAUGAGGAACCCAAGGUGCCUGCUAAACAGCCAAAGAAAAUCUAUGAGGAAAAGCCUCCCACAAAAACAGUAUGGGAGAUAGAGUACAAAACAGAGAUCAUUAGAGAAGACAGGGGGAAGAGGAGAGCCACUGGAAGGUUACAAGACUCUUUAAUCUCUAAUGGAUUUGACCUGUUUGAAUGUCCACCUCCUAAGACAGAGAAUGAGUUGUUGCAGAUGUUCUACAAGCAGCAGGAAGAAAUCCGUCGAUUGCGUGAUCAAUUGAACCAAAGGGAUGUUCAGAUCUGCCAGCUCGAGUUAGAAAUCAAGAAUGUUCGGAACUGUGCAGCCACUUAUUGACUAUAGUCCUCUACUCUACCUACAGACACAAGAAUGUAACACUGAAGAUUGUCUCCAAAAACAUUUAACUUAAUUAUGUGUAUAAAAAAUAUCGGUGAUGGAAACAUAGCAAUUUUACAUGGUACACACACUGAAAUAUCAGCCAGUGUUUUAAAUUGAAUUUUAUGUUUAAUAGUAUAAUUAUGGCUUUUGAAUCAAAAUGGUUGCAGAGUGUAUUCAUUACAACAGGGGUGGGGAACCUUUGGCCCUCCAGCUGUUGUUGAACUACACAUACCAGCAUGCCUUGGUACCGUUUUGCCAUUUGGCCAUGCUAAAACUGUUGCAUUACAGGUUCUUAUUUAUAUAGAAAAAGGCGAGCCAUAAAAUGCCUCUCCAUGCAAUGGAUAAAUAGUCUCACCGUAUUUAAGGGCAUCUAACACUUGGCUAAAUAAAAGAACAGCCUUAGGUCUCAUUUCAGAACCAGUGGAGAACAUACUGCUAAGGAUUUACAAUUGAGUGAGUGCUUUGACAGAAACUCAUUAAUUGCUUUGUGACCCAAAAAUGUUAACAAAAAAGUUAUUACUAUGACCUUCAGGCUUGACAAAGAGAAAAAAGAACAUUGUAGAUCGUACGAUGCCAGUGGUGGACUGGUCAGUAGGGGGGUAUGGAUCGCAGUGCGUGACACCAAAUUAGCAGAGCAGCGGCAUGCAUGCGCCAGCCACACUGUUCAGGGAGAGGCUGGGGACUCUCCAGCAGCUCCCAAAGUGCUGGGCAAGUCCCCAGUAUGAUGAGUAUGGAAUGUGACAUGCUAUAAAGCCCCCAAAAUGUCAUACACCAGGGGGCGUGGCAUCAUCACAAAGACGUGCCCCCUUAUGUGUGUACGCUUUUGGCAUACGGGAGGAGUUUGCACUGGGUAACACCAACCCUAUUUGUCUAUUCUCUUAAGCUGAGCAUACAUGGUCAGAUAAGGACAGACAUUUUAUCUGACAGCCUGACAUCUCCUAUAUAUGCUGGGCAUACAUUAUAAGAUAUAUCACAGUGUAUGGCCACAGGAUAUCUGUGUUCCUACCCUGGGAGGAGACAUUUCCGGUUCUCACCUGUGAAGGAAUAGGGGAAAUGGUUGACGGUCGGCUGCAGCAGUACAUAUACUGCCCAUUGUGACCGCUAUGUAACUUCAAAAUAUCACAUCGAACAGACAUACUGGACUAUCGAUUAACAGUUUCAGGUCGGUCCUGCAUGUAAACUUUACAAUUGUCUGUUCAAUCCUCCGAUAUUGGGUAGAUCGGCCAGAUAAUUGUUAGGUGUAUGCCCAGCAUUACCUGUUCAGGCUUGUCUUUAUAUACACCGUUGCUUGACUGUGAUACUGCUUAUCUAUUUAGCACACAGGUUUAUCUUUUUUAAAAUCGUCCUGAAAUAGUUACCCUUAACCAUAGGUCUAAUGGUUUCCAGAGCGACUGUUUCUAUUUUUACAUUUAUAUGCAGUAUGGUUUUAAAGCAUCAACCCUAUUAAGCAUAUUCCUGUGAAUAUUUACAUAACUAUGAAGCAGGUCAUUGGUCUCAGCUAUUUCAUUAGCAGGGAUGCUGCCAGGUAACAGUGGACAUGAUGCCUUUUAACCACUUAACUAUUUAUUUCGCCGAAAGCCGCUCCGAAAUUCUCAGGUUUUUUUUAUUAGUGAAUUAGGUGAAGAACAUGAAUUUAACCCUAUCCCAAAUGAUUUUAGUUAACAAAAAAAAGAAUUUUUUUUCUCCCCCCCCCCCCCCCCCCCCCAAACAUUAAAACAUUGAUCGGGAACAUCGCGACCAUCGGAACAUCACGACCAGGUAUACAGGGGGUACCUGUGCGUCCAGGUCAGGUAGAGCACUUGCAGGCAUGGUCGCUUCUGAUGUGGUUACAUGAUAAACUGUGGUCUCCUCUCAGUUUUUGGAUAUUCUGCCUGUAUUGCCGGCUUCAAAUCCCAUUUCUACUUAGUGCAAUACCUCAGUACCUUACUAAAAACCUAUACAAUUUGUUUUUAGACAAUUUUCCAUUGCAGGCCUGUGUAAUCAAUUUGUUUUUUCCUAUUCUUAAUAAGUGUCCACCUCAUUACGGUGUUGUGUACAAUCUGUGUAUUAUGGUUUUAGCAUUAGUACUAACACUGUCAAGCCAAAAUGCUUUUGUUACUACAGACGUAAACCAAACACAUACUCUACUCACCCCCACAGAGAGUGCUGCCCCAAGAGAGUCUCUAUAUCUCUAUAAAUAUAUACAGGGUGAUUCAAAAGUCGCAGUGCACCCUUUUGCUU